AUGGUGCUUGACGGGCCAUCAUCGACCUCGCUCGAACCGUCCAAGGACACCGAAACCUGGGACAGCCCGGAUCUCGAAUCGCGAUAUGCCUCCGCAUUCCCUCUCAAGAUAAACCGCGAACACCUCCAACGGCCCAACCCGCUCUUACUCUACGCAGGAUUUGCUGGGCCCUGGAACUGGGAACGCACAGUCAUGUACCGCAUAUCCACACAGCUGGAGAUGGUGCGCGGCCUGCUUCGACGCGAUCCCACGCAGACCGAGCUCGACGCCAUGGUCGAACACACAAGUCGCGAGGCAAACACACGACGAAUCGGCCUCCCGCUCGGCCUCACAGCCGGAUCCGCACAUGCAUAUUACACGCUCCGUAAACAGCUCAAGAUCCCCGCUACAACCUCGCUGGUGGAAGGUGUGCAGACGGCGUGGCGGCAGGCCCCCGCUGCGGAUCGUCGGCAGGCUGUGUUCCAGUGCGGGCUCAGGUUUGGCAUGUGGGUGGUGUUUACGUUAGGAAAUUUUGCGGCACUGGCGUCGUAUCGGUUUACGGUUGCGCUGUCGACGGAUCCGCGUCUGGUGGAGUUUAGGGAGGCGAUUAGGAAGUAUGCUGAGGCGCGCAUGCAGAGGUUGGAAGGUUAUAGGGAGAAGACUCGGCAGAGACGGGAAGAGCGCGAUACUGCGCGCCAUGCGACGGCGAGUGCUGAGGAACAGCCUUCUUCUUCUUCUUCUUCGGAGGUUACUUACGGCCAGGCUCAGACUGUCUAUGAUAAUAGUCAUAGGCAAUGGCAAACACAGAUUCCCUCGGAUAUCUCUUCUUCGUCGUCAUCUUCUCAAGACUUCUUUGAUGAUGCUAGUCCGACGGCACCGGAGUUUCAAAAAUCACAAGCACUUUCGUCAUCUUUAUCAAAUGAAAACGCAUGGGAGCGUGUUCGGCGUGAGAAUGCUUCUCGUCCUCGCUCGUCUGCUUCUGCUUGGAGGCAGCAGACAUCUCCUGCUGCUCAGAGUUCGCAAUCGCUGAGUGAAGGAAAUAUUCAAUAUUCAGAUAUUCAGAUAUUCAGAUAUACCGAGCAAACCCCGCAACGCAACGCAACGCAUAUGACGCCAUCCGCAGCCAGUCUCGGUCAAUAUCCCAUCAUGCCUCCCGUUUAUAAAGUCGACACUUCAUCAAACAUGUCUGCAACGAAAGUCUUCGCCAUAGUAGCCGGCGUGGGCCCCGGAACUGUGAUUUUCUAUAUCCAGGGCUCCUCCAUAGCCCGCAAAUUCGCCCAAAGCUACCCCGUGGUUGUCCUAGCCCGCAACCCAGAGAACUACAACGGCGUCGUCAACGAGAUCAAUACCUCCGGUGGCCAAGCAAUCGGCAUCAGCACCGACAUCUCAGACGCAAAAUCCGUGAGCAGCGCGUUUCAAAAAAUCACCACCGAACUCUUCCCGGACACCCCGUUGGCCGCCGCAAUCUUCAAUCCCGGUGGCGGGUUUGUGAAGAAGCCGUUUUUGGAAUUGACCGAGGAGGAGUUCUCGUCGGCUUAUAAUGUGCAGACGAAGGGGGCGUUUUUGUUUUCGCAGGCUGUUUUGCCUUUGUUGUUGAAAGGGGUGGGGAAUGAGUUUCCACCGAGUUUGAUAUUCACUGGUCGGCGAGAUAACAGAGAAAUCACAGGAGCUACGGCAAGUAUACGAGGAUCAGCCACGUUCGCGCCCUUUGCAGCCUCCAAGUUCGGUCUCCGCGCCCUGUCGCAGUCGCUGGCUCGAGAAUUUGGCCCCCAGGGAGUCCAUGUGGCACACAUCAUUGUCGACGGGGUGAUUGAUAUCCCGCGCACGAAGCACUGGAAGAAUGAGGUCGAGGAUGCGAAAUUGAGCCCUGAAGCUAUUGCCGACUCGUACUGGUUCCUGCAUACGCAGCCACGCACAACGUUUGCGUUUGAGUUGGAUUUGAGACCGUAUGUCGAGAAAUGGUAG